GAGAGCGGGCGGGGCCGCCACCACAGCGCCGCCACAGCGCCGCGCCCUCAGUCCCGCUCAGCCCCUCCGCUCAGGGCCAGCCGUGGUACCGCAGCAGCACGGUGCUGUCAGCUCCAACCCACAGCUCCGGCUCUCUCUGAAGCCCCUGCAGCCAUUCUCCUCAGGACCUUCGCACCCUCAGGCAGCCCAAGCGAGGAAGGCAAAACUCAGGCAGAGGCAGUGCAGGAGUCCCAGCAGAACCACACACCAUGUUCUACAUGCAUUUGCUCGUGAACAGGCGUGGGCCGCUGGCCAAGAUCUGGCUCGCUGCCCACUGGGAGAAGAAGCUCACCAAGGCUCACAUCUUCGAGUGCAAUUUAGAGACUACCAUUAAAAAGAUCGUUUCGCCAAAGUUUACAAUAGCUCUGCGCACCUCUGGGCACUUAUUGUUGGGAGUGGUGCGGAUCUACCACAGGAAAACAAAAUACCUCCUGGCAGACUGCAGUGAAGCUCUGACAAAAAUGAAGACAGCCUUUCGUCCAGGACUUGUUGACCUUCCAGAAGAGAGCUGUGAGGCUGCUUAUCAGUCCAUUACAUUACCUGAAGAAUUUCAUGAUUUUGAAACAACUCUACCUGAUUUAAAUGCCAUUGAUGUUGCUGAGCAUUUUACCUUGAAUCAGAGCAGAGCUGAAGACAUCACACUUAAAGAGGAUUAUGAAAGCAAUGUACUUCUCUGUGAUAGGAACUUUGAUGAGGAAUCAGAUGCACUGAGAAAACAGAGCUGCUUCGAUGCGAGCGUUCUGAUGAGCAGCUGCAGCCUCGUGGCUGAUCACAGCUCUGCAAGUGGAGACAAGGCUGCUGUGCAUGAGGGCUCGUACUGCUUGGAGCAGGACUGCUUCGGGGAUGAGGAGGCUGGUGCAGACAUGAUUGAAAUCCUAUUGAGGGAUGAACAAAAUAGCCUAACUAAUGGCAUUCUUGAUAUGGGAGAAGAACUUCCUUUGUCACAAGACCUGAAAGAGAACAGCACAGCAGCCGAGUCCAACCACGCAGACACUGCAGUGAAGAAAGAAAGUCAUCUCAUGAAUGACACAAUGCUUUUGCCUAAAGAAGAAGGAGGAUUUGUGCUUGAGCCAGUUGAUGAUACAGAUUUCAACCAGAGGAAAAACAAUAAAAGGAAGAGGAAGUUGCUUGUGGAUGCAGACAAGGAGCUCAGCUGCCAUGCUAUAUACCACCAGCUUAACAACAGCGUGGGCACCCUUGUUGCGUUAGACCUCGCACCUCCAACUAAACAAACAAUGAUGUGGAAAGAAUCAGGAGGAGUGGAAACACUCCUGUCCCAGCCUGCACAGCAUUUGUUUCAUGCUGAGCUGCAAACGUUCUUUGCAAAAUGCUUCAAGAGAGGUAGAUUUGAAAUGAGAAGAAAUGUAACACAGAUGGAGAUAGAAAAACCAAAGAAGGAGCAAGAUGCCACAGAGAUGCUGAUAACAGAAGAAUUGAGUUACCUGCAGGAGUUGGACUGCUCAGAGGCUGAGAGAAAAACUGACAAUGAUCUGUUUGCACUGACAGCAUGGAAUAGCAGCAAUGGAGCUGUUAAUGGCUCUGGUGAAACCCUGCAGGAUGAAGCUGCUUUCUCUGAGAGCUCCAUGCUGGUGAAUAAUUCAAUGGGCCGAGAAGCUCCAGUGCAGCAAGCUGAGAUAACACACGAGCUAGAAAUGGAAAAUAAAGACAAUGAAGAAAUUAAGUGGAGCAAAAGAACUCUUCAGUUGUUAAAAACCUUACAGCACCUGAACAAAUCUGGAGUGAAUUCCUUCAGCUUACGGGAGCUCUGUCAGAAGAAUAACCGGAAAGAAGUCGCAGUGAAGUUUUACAUCUUCCUUGUUCUGCAGAAGCAGAUGGUUGUUGAGUUGGUUCAGCACGCUCCAUUUGCAGACAUCACAGCCACUGCCGGCCGAAUGUUCAGUGCUCACUGAAACCACAUAGCAGCCAGAUAAGCUCAUCAAAAUGCCAUUCUAUUCUCUUUCUUCCUGCAAAAAAUGGAACUCUCAUCAAACCACGGUGAACUGAGCAGAGUUCUUUAUUCCUGGGCCCUCUCAGAACCACACGGUAACGAAUUGGUGCUGCUGUGUGGCUGCAGUGUUGGUUAGCAAGAUGUUCACUGGUGCGUUCCGUUUCAAUGUAGGUAUGUUUAUAAAACAAGCUGUUACUCACUCUGUUGAUAAUAGCUAAAAUACAUGCUCUCCCUCAGACAUUUGCAGCAUGAGGGACUUGAUGGAAGUUCUUCAAAGCCUUUCUUAGAGUCCAGUGUUGGAAAUUAGGUUAUUUUCAGCUUGUGCGUUAAUUAGGUACCGUGGUCAGAGAAGGGAAGACCUUUAAACUAUCUUUGAAUUUAUUCAAAAUUACUUAUUUCAAAGAAUGUUCAAUACUUGUUGUGUUAAGCUCUAAGAAGCAACUGUCUGCAGCAUUGCAGUCGUGUGUUGAGAUGGAGACUUCUGCUGUCCUUGAGGUCAGGAGGAAAUCGUCCUUCCAAGAACCCCUGCAAUGUUCCACUCUGUGGGGCAUUUAUACAAAGACUAACAGCUUUCCUUAUGCAUAGGCCAAUGUUUGCCUGAAAUGUUAGUGAUCCUUUGUACAUUUAAAUAAAUUAGAUAACACCUGUAUUGGCAUUCUGUAAUGUUGGGAAUUUCCACGUGCUGAAAGCAGAUGCAACAGGGCAGCACGGAGUGGCUGUGUGCAUUUGGUGCUCCAAAACAUCCCAGUGCUCUGAGCAUGCUGACACCUCUUUAUAUGGAAUCAAUAAAAGUCCAGCCAAGACCUUUCCUGUGCUCCCUGGUAUUUGUUUGGAAGGAUCAAAACUGGUGCCACCUCACUUUAGUCUGGGCUCAUCUUGGUGUUUGCUGUGAUCUUCACAUGCAUGAGGGUGGAUGAUGCUGUCAUCCUGACUCUCCAGGUGUUCAUGUCGGUUACACCCCUGUGUGCCCAGCCUUGCUAAUGUGGUGCUCAGCACCAUGAGGGGUCAGGAGGGAAACAAGACAGAGUACAGGCCUGGGAGACGAGGAGAAGCCAUUCCUUCCCCUGAAGGCACCUGAAAUGAAUGCGUGUUGCAGCAGAGCUGCUGCCUGCACCACGUCUGCCAUUGCCAUACCAGUGAGAGGAGCUCUGGUGGCAGCCAAUGUGAGAACUCACUAAUUUGCUCUUUCAGAGAAAGAGGCUUUGCAUUGGGUUCACCAGGAACUGGAGAAACAAAAGAAGGCUGGAGGAGAGCAGAAGACAAGCAGGAAUAAACCAGAGGCAGGUUGGCAAGAUAUGCAUACACUGAAAGCAGUCUGUAUGGCCGAAUAAAUGAGGUGCAAACCUUGCUGUAAAUAGCAGAGGAAGAAAGAGGAGCAUAUUUACAAAACAGGUUUGUCAGAAUUCCCAAAUAACCGGCUGGGGAGUCACACAUGGAGGCUGCAGAGGAAGCUCAGCGUGUCGGCACCGCUUUUACAUGUGCAUGGCUGAAACGUGGGCUUGGUUUUCCUUCUCGGUCAGGUGUGCUCUGAGGUUGGGCUGUGAUUUGGAUCCAGGAACACGUCCUGCCCUGACCUCGCCAGCACACGAACCGUUUCCUUCUUUAAAUCCAUAUGCACAUGCAGACGCGUAGGAUCCAACGCACGCAGCUGUCAGGUCUGUUCGUGCACUGCGACCUCGCUGCGCUGCCCCGGGCUCAGCAGAACGGAGCUGCAGCACCGGGCUGUUCCCACCGGCGGCUGCUGCGAUCGAUGCGAGCCCUGCUGGGGAGGGCAGAGCUCAGCCUCCCACCCCAGGUGCAGCUCCUUCCAUCGUUAGGUUCAGCCGGCUGUGAAUGGAGGUGUGCGGGCAGCACCGUGAGUAACCACGGAACGGAAUUCGCGUUUCCCCUUGCACUGAGAGCACCUGCCCGGACCCCAGCCCGGCUCGCCCCGCUGCCGCAGCCCCGCUCUGCUGAUCCUCCGCUCCAGCUGCCAUUUAUCGAAGCUUUUUUGCUUUACGGACGUGCGCCGUUAGCGGGGCUGGGGAGGCACGGCGGGUGCCGAGGGGUCUGGAAGCCCGACUUCUUAUUUUUCCUGCUUUUUUGGGGGGAGUUACCAUAGAAACCAGGGAAACCCCGCUGGGGGGC